GCAACUAGAGGACGACCAACUACAUCGGCUCCACUGAGGAACAGACAGCCGCUCACAUCUAGCUGGAAGUCCACCAGAAAAAGGAGGAAGAAGAUUCAGCACGUCGUCGUUAACGUCGCGUUUAUUCGACGAUUUAGUAAACAUUAUCUAAAUUAUUAGCCAUGAAGUUAUUGUGGGCUGUCAGUGCCCUUCUGUUGAUCUGUUGGGGAGCCAAUGCGUCCACAGCCCCAAACAUCAUUACCGAACCUGUUGAGGUCAGCAACCAGACCUCUGCCACCCUGCGCUGCAACUUGACAGAGUCCAGUCUUUCCAGCAAGGGCUCCCACUGGAUGCACAAUGGAAAACUCAUUGAAGCUUCCAAAUCUUCUGAUCCUUCUUUAUCCACUGAACUCCAUUUGGAGAAGAUCACCCACAGUUCUGGUGGAAAGUAUGAAUGUGUGUUCCUGACUGAGCCAGAGGUGAAGCAGACAAUUGAAGUCAAAACACUUCCCCAUGUUGCUGCCUACAAGCACUCUGAGCAUGGCAAUGAGAAGGACAAAGGUGUGAUGGUCUGUGUGAGUCAUGGCUAUCCACUGCCCACUGACUGGACCUGGUUCAAAGAGGGAAUCGACGGGCCUAUCACCAACGGCACUUCCGAUAAAUAUGAGAUCAAGAGCACCCCUAACAAGACCACACUGACGAUUAAUGACCUGAGCAUCGAACAAGACAUCGGGGACUACACCUGCUCUGGGACCAAUGAACUCGGCACAGCCACCGACAAGAUCCACCUGCGUGUCCGCAGUCGCUUGGCUGCUCUCUGGCCAUUCCUCGGCAUUGUGGCCGAGGUCAUCAUCCUGGUGACCAUCAUCUUCAUCUACGAGAAGAGGAGAAAGCCUGAUGAGAUCAACGACGAUGACGACUCAGGAUCUGCUCCUCUGAAGAGCAAUUCUAAUGCGAAUCACAAAGACAAGAAUGUGAGGCAAAGGAAUUCUAAUUAGAGGCUGAAGGAGAUGGACAUCCAGAAGGCAGUCCAGGAUUCAGCUGUUGUGUUGCACAUUAUACUGUGCACCCUGCAAACUGCAAUUUGAAGUACCUUUUUUGUGCUUGGGUGUUAAUGUUUUAAAAAAUUGGACGGAUUUCCUCUUGUUGUGUUUUCUUCUCUCUAUUCUUCUCCACAUUGUGCAGCCAGAGAAGUGCCCGCCGGGGACAAUUAUUAAAUUGAAGAGAACAUAGUGUGAAAUAAUUUUCUGCUUGAGGCCUCGGGGCAAAUAUUGCAUGAGUUUAAAUGCCGUUUUAGAAAAAGUGUGUGUUCGUUGUAAAAUCAUUAGAAAGUCCAUGUGAGGAAUGCUUAGUUUGUGGUUAUUUUUUGUUAAUGCUGAUGCUUCCUACACUGACCUCACGUUGUCAGUCGUUUUUCUUUUAUAUCCUCCACUCUGGAAUGGUUACUUGGAAAGCAGCACAAGUUGGGUUUUUUAAGAGGAUCUGAAACCUUUUUUGAUCCUGCUACAUCACUGCCAUUCUUUAUAGCAACGACUGGAGUGUGUUUGAAUUCACGCAUUUGAUCUGUCCCUACACUACCACAAACCUCUCAUAGCAGAGUUUUAUACUUUGCCUUAACAAGCACCAUUUUCUCUUUCUUGUCUUUUUUGCAUUUUGUUACCUGUUACAAGCUUUAACUGUGACAUGUAAAUUUAAAUGCAGAAAUGACUUAAAAUUCAAUUGUUUUAUAGGUUUUGUUGCCGUAAGAAAUUACUCUUCUUUUAGUUAGGAAAGCUUUUCGUCCCUUUUUUUUUUUUUUUUUUAAAUCAUGCUUGUAUUUCCUUUUUUCUCCACUUAUUUUAAAUUGAAAGUUUUAGUCACUGAUGUUUUUGUUGCUGAUCAUGUCACAUCCACAUAAAGAUAUAUUAUUGAGGACCAAGUGCAAGAAAUGGAACAUCUGUUGCUUCUGUUGAAUGCGACUUACAUACCAUGCACUGAUGUUUCAGUCUAAUAUAACAGAUCAACGUUUUAAUAAGAGAUUUUCUUUCUCACUCAAUGUGAUCUGAGAUAAAAAAAAAGUUUGUGCGCGAUUGGUGGACCGUCGUCUGUUUCCUUCACUGUGUAGAUGAUUCAGAAGCCUUAUGUUCCAUUUAACCUGAGUAGUGUUGUGAUUGGAUGUUACCAUUUCAGAAUUACACGAAUAAAAAGACCUAGCCAGAAUUGUGUAAACUGUUGUACCUUACAAGUACGUGGAACACCAUCUGCUGUACAACUUGGCACAAACUGAAUAAAGGUUUUGGAUUUUA